GCCGGCCUGAGUGUUGGACGGACAAAUGUAGGUUCAGGUAAUCGAGCGACAAUAUUACAGUACUGACAAAAAUAUGACAAAUAUGUAAACUAAGACAGAUCAUGGUGGAAAACACUCCCUCUCCUUUACCCGAGAGAGCCAUCUAUGGCUUUGUUCUAUUCCUCGGCUCUCAGUUUGGCUUCAUUUUGUAUUGUGUGUGGGCGUACAUACCAGAGGAGUGGCUUCAUUCAGUCGGACUCACUUACUGGCCUCAAAAAUAUUGGGCCCUCGCGGCGCCAAUCUAUCUGCUGGUCGCGUUAACCAUCUGUGCGGUGUUGCUAUUUGGAAUCAACAUGUACAAUACGGCACCACUCGACUCUCUGGACAACAUUACAGAUGGGUUUGCACAAGGCCAGAUAAACGAAGUCGCUCGAAAGGGUCAAAUACCAAGACUGAAGGACAUUCCCAUCAGUGACGUCAACAAAAUGUUCUACUUGUCACCUCAAUUGUAACCAACCAACCUUUUGUUUUGGGGUGUGAUGAAAAUAAAAUGGGUGAACGUG